CUUCGGCGCCCUAGAGCGUCACCGGAAGUGCGAGGGGAGGGGGAGCGGCGCUUCCGGGGGGCGGCGGAGCUGCGGGCGAGUGGCGGCGGGCUCGGGGCCGGGAAUUGAGCGACGGGAGAGGAGGGGAGUAGGGUCGUCUCCGGGCGGGACUCUGCGGCCGUUGUCUGUUCUGGGCUCUCCCCGCGGAAGGGCGAGCGUCCGGGAGGAGAGCGGCGGCGGGGCGCCGGCACUGCCCUCGGCCUUGGGGCGGCCUCGCGCGGUUAGUUCCUGAGGCAGGUGUCCCCAUGCUGGUGUUUCUACAGGAAGCAGCAAGCGGAGCCCCGACCUGGGUCUCCAGAACGCCACGGAGGGUGCUACCCUGAUGGACACAUGCACAGCGUUCCUGACAUGGGCACCGGGGGGCGGCCAGGCCCCCAGCUGUGCUGCAACAGCUGCUGAGCAAGGUGCUCAGAGCACGGGGCUGAUCCCAAGGCGGGCAGCUCUGGAGGAAGGUGGAAGCCGUGGAGAGGCUGGGCUGGGACUGCCACAGGGGCCUCCCCUGGCACUGGGGGUUCUGGACCCUCGUGGGAAUGAGGAUGCUGGAGAGGGGCCCAGGGGCUCCCCUUGGGGACCAGCCGUUUACGAGGAAACUGGAGGGCAGAAGGGCCACAAGACCAGCACAUCCAGGUCAGAGGUCACCCUGGACACACGCUCUGCGGCCUGUGGGAGAGGCCCCUGGAAAAGACGGCCUUAUCAAUGUGGCUCCUGUGACAGGAGCUUCCAGUGCUACUCGGACAUGGUGAAGCACCGGAGCAUUCACUCCGGGGAGAAGCCCUACGAGUGCAGCGAGUGCGGGAAGGCCUUCAUCCACAGCUCGCACGUACUCCGGCACCAGCGCACCCACAGCGGAGAGAAGCCUUAUGUUUGUCCAGAGUGUGGGAAGGCCUUCAGCCAGAGCUUCAACCUCAUCAGACACCAGAGAACGCACACCGGAGAGAGGCCGUAUGAGUGCGCCGAGUGCGGCCGGUCCUUCAGCCAGAGGUCAGACGCGGCGAAGCACCGGAGGAUCCACACCGGGGAGAGGCUGUAUGCGUGCAGCGAGUGCGGGAAGGCCUUCAUCCACAGCUCAAACGUGGUCCGGCACCAGCGGACUCACCACGGGGAGAACCCCUACGCGUGUCCAGAGUGUGGGAAGGCCUUCAGCCAGAGCUCCAACCUCAUCCAGCACCAGCGGGUCCACACUGGCGAGAAGCCCUACUCCUGCCAGGAGUGCGGGCGCGCCUUCAGCCGCAGCUCCUUCCUCAGUGAGCACCGGCGCAUCCACACCGGGGAGAAGCCCUACGAGUGCGGGGAGUGUGGCCGCGCCUUCAGGGCCCUGUCAGGCUUCUUCCGGCACCAGAGGAUCCACACCGGGGAGAAGCCUUUCCGCUGUGCCGAGUGCGGCAGGGCCUUCCGCCUGAGCUUCCACCUUAUCCAGCACCAGCGGGUCCACGGCCCAGAGUGAGCCUGGGCGGUCUAGCGGGACAGAAGAUUCCGAAAGCAAGAUGGGUGGGGAGGUAUUGGCGAGGCCCCUCGUUUUUUGGCCACAGCCCUGGGUCUGUGUGCUUACUGCUGCAAGAAGAUAGACACUAAAGCCUUCCAGUGGUCAACACCACAGCCCAUGUUGGGGGCACUCCUGCCUUCAUCCCCUACCACCUGGCCAGGAGCACCAGGAGAGGAACAGGAGCCUGGGGGAAGGCAGCGCCAUAGAGGGGACGCAGGUGUUCCCAAGGGAAAGACGUGAUGGUGCCAGGUGCCACUGCGUUUCAUUCAUUUCCAUAGCAGUGGCUUUUCUCCUGAAAUACAAUUUACACACGGUAAAAUGCAGCUCUUAAGUGUUGGCUUUGAGUUCUGACAACUAUAACCUGCUUUGACCCUGAUGAGCACCACGCUGUCAGGACGCAGCCAGCGUCCAGCACUCCAGGAAGCUUCCCCCCGCGCCUUCGGGUCAGCCCCUCACCCUCGGAGGCAGCCAGUGCUCCCGUUUGUUUCUAUAGCUUUGCUUUUUCUAGGACUUUAUAUAAGUGGAGCAAUGUAACAUACUCUUUUUUGUCUUUUUCCCUUAAUGUUUUUGAAGUUUAUCCAUUAUUAGUAUUGGGUUUUUUGUUUUUGUUUUUAGCUUCAUAGCACUUUGAAAAGGCAAGAGUCAUCUUCUGCCUUGUAUCAGAGUUGUAUGUUUAUGUCUGUGUCGUCCUACCAAAGCAAUGCUCCUGCAGUGAGAAUUCCUUAGCCCGGCCCGGAUGCUCCUCUGUGGCGGGCACACCCGUAAGUCCAUGAGACGCGCAGGGCCUGGCCAGGGAGGAGGUCCUCGGUCACUGGUUUUCACCCCGCUCUGGAGGAUGCAGAACUCUGCUCGGCCUCAGGGAAGCAGGACGAGACAGCAAGUCUGAGACGCUCGUACUCUGAACAGAUGUCCCUGAGCCACGCAGGCCCUAUGGCCCUGCUGCAGGGGAGGCCGCACCAGUCAAGAGGGCAGGACGGACAAGCGGAGCAGCCAGCAGCAGCACACACGGGGACCAGCAGCACAGGAGAGCGGUGGGCAAGACAGGGCAGGAGGCAGACUGGAAGGAGCGCCUGCAGAGGGCGUUCCUGAGCUGCUCUCAGCAGGCGGACGGCACAUGCAGCGCAAAGGCCAGGGCACGCUCGGGGUGUGAUGAGGGUAAGAAAAGAGCCUGCUAACAGGGCUGUGCACCUGGCCACGAGCCCCGGGGUCCAGCCCAGGACCCAAAUCUGUCUUGGGCCAGCUGCGGUCUGCUGUGGUCAUGAGACGUGUCUGCUCCAGCUUCACUCCUGACUGAAUUGUCUGGGUCUGGUAGGCAGCUGGGACUUCCAAAAGAGUAGCUCAGUUCUAGGGCUCGUUUCAAGACGUAAGCUCAGGCCACAGGGUUGUGCAGCCUGUAGGGGCAGAGCUACCCUUUGAGUGGAUUUAGUGGCACCACAGCUGUUGGGCUGCUGACUCAUGGGCCAAGGUGAGGUGGAGGGCAGAGCCUGGGACCCCCAUGCUGAGCCAGGAUCCUUGGGGGCUAAAGGGCCCCAGAUUUGUGGUGCCUCCCAGGUAGCUCUUUGGAGCGAAGAUCCCCCUUAGACCCUGCAGUGUCCCUCUCGUGAGAUGAAGCAGUGAGUGUGCAGAAAUCACCAGGUACACAGGACGGUAAGGCUCACUGCAUGAGAGUCAGAGAGCAAAGGAGGAUGUAAACCACAAGAAACUGCAGGCAAGGGGGCAGAUGUAUGUGAAGUGUUUGAACAAGACAGACAGACUUGGGGACAAGAAAGCAGUGAGAGGCUAUCAGACACAAAAGGCACGGCUUUUGAAGAACUUUCAGAACUGAAAAAUAAAACCAUUGAGUUAGAACUCACCAGGCAGGUUCAGUAGCAGGUGUAUCGGCUGAAGAAAGCGUCAGUGUGGUAGGAGAAAGAUCCAAAGCCCAGGAUCCCUCGGGAACAAGGAGAGGGGAAACGUGAAGGGAACGUUCAGAGACGUGUGGGUGUCACAGGAGUCCCCAGAGGAGGAGGGGAGACACAGCAAAGCCCUACACGGACCCCCGUGAUGAUGCAGGUCGGUUCCCACAGGCCAAGGCUGGUUUCCUGCAGGGUUGAGGGUGGGAGUGGAGGUAGGUCAGGCAGGGGGACAGCAGCGAGCCCAUCUGGGGAAGCUGAGUGUCUGCAUCCACAGUUUAAACCUCGCUCAGUCUCCCCGUAUGCAGGCCAGUGAAACAAGGAGAGAAGGUUGAAGUUGUUACCAUGCCCUGGAAGUUCCAGCCAUUCUCGAGACCCAGAAUCAUCGCCUUCAGUGUCUAAGCCAGAGUAGACCACUGCCAACAAGCAGUGCCCGCCUACAGCUGACGCCCAGCCUGGAUCAACUCCCAUGGCUUCCGGUGGCAUCGGUGCCACAACCACAGUGAUGUGACUGCACUUUACCCCCUUCAAGUGCUCCAGCAAGCCUUCUCUUUAGUGAAAAGCAAAUUCACAGAUCCAAGAAGUACAAUGUAUAUGAAGCAGCAUAAAUUAAGAGAAGUCCACACUUGAGACGCAACAGGGUGAGAGCACUGACCAUCAAGACCUUGAGAAGCCAGAGAAAGGCCCCGUCAGUCACACUGUAAGCCUCCUGCUCAAAGCCACCAUCAGACGGGACAGCAGUCAUGCCUUUGGCAUGCUGAGAAAAUACCUGUCCACCAAGAACUGGAGGCCCAGCAAAAUUAUUUUCUAUAGAUAAGGUAAAAAGCACAUUUAUAAAUAAGUCAAAUCUGAGAUAGUUUAUCCUUAAGCGACUUUCACUGAAAAGACUUCCUAAGUCUGUGAUACGGAAGGAGAGUGACUGCAGGAUGGUCUUCGACACAAGACGGAGGAUCAGUGAGAGCGUGGCCCGAAUGCAGCAUGAGAGCACGUGGCUAGAAGGGACUUUGAUGGUCUGAGAGCCUCCUGUGCUGGGAAGAUGCUUUAAUUCUAGUCUUUAAAUAUGCACAGUAUAGUUUAACCUUAAUUACUAAACGGUGCGUACCUUUCCAACCCAAUAGAAAAAAUAUAUAUAUAGUAGUUUUAAAUGAACAAAAACAUAACAAUUUUAAAAGUAAGAAAAGAGAAGAAUCCAGGAAGAAAUUGGGCAAAUAAUCAGAGCAAGAUGGCAGAAACCACCCAAACAGGUCCGUAAUCACAGUCAACUCAACUAGAUGAAAUUUCCAGUUAAGACAGUCAGGUGGCAGAGGAGCCUGUGACUCAGAAGCACAGUGUGUGUGAAGAUGAAGUAGGCAGAGGCCUGAGGCCAUGGGACCCAGGCGCCUCGGGAGAUGGACAGGGAAUUUGUCCAUCAGAAGAUAAAACAUGUUUCCACAGGAGCAAUUCAAAAGUAAGCAUCUCAGAUACUAAACGUGAUCACCAGUUAAAACAAGUUAAUAAGAGCGCUGAGAAAAUCUUUUUAAAUAACCAGCAACACAAGGAGGCGGACAGUAAGGCAGACUAAGACUACCAGGGGUUCUUGGGGAAACAGAAAGCCGAGAAUGGUGGGAUGGAAAGUACUGGAGAACAGUUUUCCCACAGAACUGAGAUGUGAGUCACCAGGGCAGCAGCACCUGCCAGAAUCCUCGAGAUCAGGAAGGAAGACGGGCUGGGGCAGAGGCGGAGACCUUAGUCGAAGGGAGGGAGAGGGCGGAUGCAGAGGACUAGGGGUCGGACCCCAGGGAGCUGAUCAGCUGCACCCCAAGCUGGAAGGCAAGGGACAGCACUCUGAAAGUGAUGUCACCUCAAAGUUUACACGUGUUGAAGUCAGCAGUCCCACGUGGUGGGGUUAACGCUUUCAGACAUGCAGACUCACUAAGUGUUCCCCACUGCUGUUUGUGAAACUUCCAGAGGCUGCAAGAAGAGGGGCCAGGGAGCCCCAGGGACGGACAAGGAGAUGCAGAACCUGGUGGUGCUGCGGUGACUGCCCGCUUUCCUUCUCCCUCCUCCACCCACAGCCGCAGCCACUCACUCUCCUUCCUCACGCAAAACAUGCUCCCUGAAGGUGCCCCAAGUCCUGUGCAAUUGCUGUAGCCCCUCAAAGGUUCUUCUCCUGUAUUCUACCUGGUCUGUGUGGACAGGUGCCUCUUAAGCCAGAAACCUGUGCUAUAAAGAGAAAUGAUCUGCCCCCAACCUAGAAUUCUUAUAACUUUCCCAUCCCCUGCCCUCCUCCAGCUCCAGGAACCCUCGGGCAGGCCAGGGGCCAGCUGUGACAGGGACGUCCCUCCGACCCAUGUCUGUGAUGGUCCCAGUGUGUCCUCAGCCAGGCCUGCAUGUCCCCAGCCACUGGGCAGUGCACACCCACCCGACCUUUCCCGGUGGCCCUGUCAAGCCCAGCCUGUGUGCAGUACCGAGGUGGCCUGCCACCACAGCUACCACAGCUCCUGCCUGCCAGGAACUCAGGAUGGCCCCACAUGCUGCCACUGCUCACUCGGGGACACAUGGACUCUUCCUACCCCAGUGGGCCACCGCCUCCCCACUGGGAGGUCAGAGCCUGGAGGGAGAGCCCAGCUGUGGGCAUUCGGGCGGCCCAUCCCCAGGGACAGGCUCAGAUGGUCAUUGGGGCCCUGCUAUCCCAUGUGUUCAGAGAAAGAGGUUCAGCAUGUCUGAGGGGUCCCUGCCCAGUGCUGGGACAGAGUGGGAGUGAGGGACAGUGCAACCCUUCCCCAAGUCAGGGCCUGGGAUCUGGGAUCCCGCCCGCUGGCCCUGCAGCCCAAUGCAGUGAGCCGGGCUCUACGGACAGGCACAGGCAGGCACACAGCCACACCAGCUCCCAGCCAGGCCGAGUGGGCACAGCCUCCAGCCCGUCCCUCUGCAGAAACCCUGAAAAAGGGCACCAGGUGGGGGAGGGGACACAUUUCAAAGCACAGGGCAUGGGCAUCAGCCACCUCCUGUGCAAUGACACAGAACACACUUGCAGUGAAAUUUUCUUAAAACAAAAUUCCCCAAUCUGCUUUAAUAGUGAAAAAAAAAAAGUUCCAACGAGGCAGAGAGAUGCUUGUUAGAAUUCAAAGUCUUCAUCUGCCAUGUCGAGAGCCCAGGUGGACUUCUCCCUCUGCGUCUUGUUGUAAGUCUCCACGGGCACCCCAAACCUCUUACACUUGCCGGGAGGGGCAGGAAGGCGGCCAGGACAUGGCCAAAAGCCCAGGGGCAUCAGGGAGGGGGCAGCUUCCCCCAGCGCAGCCCUGUGUCCUCCCAGUGGGGCUCGCAGGGAACACUGACUGGGCACACAGGCAGCCCAGCUACCGCACCCCCAGGGGGUGGGCAGCUUGGGAACAGAUCUGGGUCACCACACCACACUGGGCAGUGGUCCCCGCCCCACCCCAGCCCUCCUCUUACCCCAGGCUCUCAGGCAGAGAGGACUGACGACACAGGGCUUGGCCUCAGAUGUGCCAGCCAGUUGUGUUCCUGUCACAGGAGAACCUGCACUGCACAGGACUGGACUGGGGCCACCUGGGGAGUCCAGACCCCUCCUCAAGACUGCGAGCAGGCAGGGUGACCUGGGUCCACGCACCAGGCAAUGCUGAUCUGAGGGUCUAGGCAGUUGAGCUUGGACGUGCCCAGGGCCACCUGCUGCUCUCCUUCUUGUCCAUGGCCUGUGUGCUCAGCCUCAGGAGCCGCUCCUCCAGUCUCUCCAGCAGCCGCCCCCUCUUCUCCAGGAAGCUAGGGAAGGAGAGGUGCUGGCACCACAGCUCUCCCUCAUCCCCUAGGCAAGUUCCAGGAGGCCAGGACACAGGGAAGGCUGCCCUCAGCAUGAAGGGACCGUCCAGCCUUGACGUCACAGGAAAUCACGUAUGAAACACACACAGGCUACAACCAAAGAGAGCAGAGCACAGAACCAAGCAGAAGAGCUGCCCUGUGUCAGAAAGAUGCUCAGCCCUCAUUCCUGAUGUUUCACAGAAAAGCCGGUUUAUUAAAGCCAGACCCUCCCUCCACCCUCCACGCUGGAUACAGUGCCCCGCCCACAGACCCCAAGCCCACAUGCACAUGAACUGCAACCUUGGUCCUUCUCCCGGGAACUCGGGCUCCAAAUCCACCUGGACACAGGUAGAAGGCCUGGAGCAGCCCCAGCGGACAUGCAGCAGAGCGCAGGGGACUCACGCGUCCUGACUUCAGCUUAGCGGAAUCGAGACCAGCGUGAGGACUGACAGACCAACAGAACAGAGCCCGGGAAUAAACCAAAACAUCUACCAUCAGCUCACUUUUCACGGGGCCAGGACCAUUCGAUGCCCAAAGGAUGGUCCUUUCAGCAAAUGAUGCUGGGAACACUGGCUGGCCACACACAAACGGACACAUUCAGGCCCUUACCUUACACCAUGUACAAAAACUGGCUCAAAAGGGAUCAGCUUCCUAAAUGCAAAAGUUGAAAUGAUAAAACUCUUACGAGAAGACCUAAGAAUGUAUCUUUACAAUGUUGGGUCAGACAAGGCAGCAACAACAAAAACUAGACUCAUCGAGAGUUUUACGUUUUGCGCUUGGAGGGAUACCACCAAGGAAGUAAAAGGACAACACGGGACGGGAAAACGCACCUUCAGAUCAGCAUCUGAAAAGGUAUUUGCGUCUGGGAUGAAUAAUGGGCUCUUACAACUCAGCAGUAAAAAGACAGGGACACAAGUGAAAAACAGACAAGGGGCGGAACAGACAUUUCUCCAGAGAAGACCCACAAGUGGCCAGCGAGCAUAGGUCACCAGCCAUCGGGGAAGCGCAAACUCCGCCCGCACUGAGACGCUGCCUCACACGCCGCCUCACACCAGCAGGGCUAUAGCCAGAGAGGGAAAGGGGAAGGGAGACAUGGGAACCUCUGUGCACGGCCGGCGAGACGAGCGCUGGUACACCCACCGCGGAGAACAGCCUGGCGCUACCAAGUGACCCAACAAUUCCACUCCUUGAAAACCACAAAAAUCACCGAAGCCACAAAAGUCAUGCACAAAGAAAGUCACCAAAAACCCCCAAAACCCCACAAAAGUCACAAAGGGGAAACACCAGAUGUCCAGAUACAGGGACAGUAAAAGGUGGUCUAGCCACACGACAGGAUAGCUGACAGUCAAAAGGAGUGACGUCUGGACAGGCUGCAUUACGGGGACCUUGGUGGCAUCACACUAACAAAAGCCGAAGUCCACAGACGGUGGGUCCCAUCUGGGUCAGGCACUGCAGGUGUUCAAGGCUGAGGGCACGGGAGGUCUGAGUCAGGACACAGGGUUUGUCGCAGGUGAUGGAGAGGCUCUAAAAUCGGGAGCAGCCAUGGCCGCACAGCCACUCGCCCACAGGCUGUAAACAGUGUCCACCAGCCCUGGAGCUCGGCCACCAGGCACAGGCUGACCACCCGGUGAGGCCCACAUUUGUCUCGUGCACUUCACAGUGCUCUGCUCUUUGACUCAAAUGAGGCGGUCUGUAUUUUUUUCAAUCACAAAAUAUGACUAAGAAAACCAGAGAACUGGUGAAGGAAAAGCAGGUUCACAGCCACCCCAACUGGGACGGGCUGGGCUCUCCGACACUCGCCUCCUGGAUCUGCUGUCCCCGCUGGCUCUGUGGUCAGCCCUUGCCUUCUCCAGCUCUGCCUUGGCCUCCCCACCUGCUGCUUCUUUGCCUCGAUCUGCAGAGGGGGCCCAGUCAGGGCUGCUCCUGCCCCACCCAGUCAGGGUGCUGAGUGCUAGCCCUGAUCGGCCACUCCUUGGCCAGGGGACAGGGUGAGGCCAAGAGGUCCCAGACAUACCCCCUGCUCCACUGACCUCCUUCCUGGACUAGAGGCCUUUGCUCACCAGAAAGGCCACAUCCUUACCCACUCCCUCCCCUCAGGGAAACCGCCUCCCAGCCAGCACCUGGCCUGGGCAGCCCUGAUUGCUCAAGCACCUCUGAGGGCCAUGUAGCCCCAGCGAGGCUGGCACCCAGAGGCCCUCCCACUGUGAGCAGCUGGCCAGGCCAACUGUGCACCUUCAACCAGAGUCUGCACUGACUUCUUGAAGGUCUUGGGAGUUGCCCGCUGAUGGUUGCAGAGAACAGCAACAGCCCGGUUCGCACGGUUAUAAGACAGGAUCUUAUGGGCUACGCUGUCUUCAGCUGAGAAGCAGGUGUGUGUUGGGAGCAGCAGGCACUGGGCAAGUCACUGCGGGAGCCCCGCCCCGUGUCAGGAGGGGCCUCGGUCAGUACCCGGUCCAAGGAGUCCACACAGGGCGGAGCUGGGGCCUCCCCAGAACCCCCCCACCCUGGCACGAGCUCAGUAGGACAGCGUCAAGGAGCCCCCACCAAGGGGCCCAGAGGUCGGGUGAGCUUGGGCAGCUGGGCAGUGGUGAGGAGGGUCCCGCACAUGAGGAGGGACACGCAGAGCUGGGUUGGUGCUUCACAGGUGACUGCAGAGGAGAAGACACAGCCUGGGCAGGGGCCUGACUGACUGCGGGGCUGACGCGUGGAGAAGGGGGUGCUCAGCAGGGGUGGCCGAGCAAGGAGCAGCAAGCCCUGGGGGAAGGCUCAGCCUCAGGUCCUGAGGGCCCCUCCCCCUUCCUGCUGGGCUCAAACCUGGACCGUCCCUUUUGGGCCAGGCAAGCCCCACUCUGCCCCUAGACACCGGCCACAAUACAUCCUCCGACCAACCAAGCAGCCAGGCACCAGCCCCAGGCUGGGGACCCACUCACCUCUGGUCAGUGCCCGCAGCUGCCCCUGCAAGGUUGACGCUGGCAUUGUAGGUCCGGAACACCUUGGCCAUCAGGCCGUCCAUCAGGUCCUGCAGGUGCUUGUUCAGGCUGGCAGUACGCACACGCCGGGAAGAUGGGUCUCAAAACGUGUUCCUUUAGGGCAGCUCCACAACACUUCCCAGCACCCUGACCACGCCACCAGAGGGGCUUUAGCCGGUGGUCAGACAGAUGGCCCUCAGCCUUCCUAUUGCAGACUCAACGCUCACACUCGCCCCAGCUCAUCUGACUGACCAUUCUGGACACAAAUGGGCUGAGCUGCGCUGGCAGUCCCUGGGUCACCCCAUCAGCACUGCCCUGAGGCCCCGGGGCUUACAGUCAGUCUGUCGAAGAGCUCAUCCCCAGGCUCCUUGUUCUCCACGAACAGCUGCAGAUUCUUGUACACCUGUGGCAGGAAGAGGAACCCCUUAGAAAGACCCGACUGGCCCACAGGCAGAAGCAGCCUCUCCUGGGCGCCCAAGGGGCGUCUGCAUUCGGAGGACAGGGAUCAGGCUCCUCCCAGGGAGGUGGUCUGCGCACCUCGGAGUGUCCAGGCUGUGGAGAAGAGGCUGCACCCUCUCCCCCUGCACACCUGCCCCUUCCUCCAGGUGACCCCAAGUCUGCAGUCAGACCUGCCUGACACUGCAGGGCCUCAGAGGACCCUCCCCUGACCUGCACAGGCCAGUCCUACUGCGAGAAGGCUCUCGGCGGCCAUGCUGCACAUCCACUUUCAAGUCAGUCCUUUGAGGGGAGCACAAACGUCCUCCCGGCUCCCCUCUGCCUGGGCCCCUCUUGGCAGCCAGCUCCGCAUGUGCCCCACCAGGCUGGACACCAAGUGCCCAGCUACAGAGUGACCAGCAUAGCUCCUUCAGCACCAUGUCCCCUAACUUUCCUGAACCGAGUGGCUUAGUGCCUUAGGAAAGUGCUCCACCAUCCUCUGCCCAGUGAGGACAGCGAGGAGGCCCGGCCACCCCAGGGAGGGGCCUCACCUGCUCACAGCCCUGUGGUUCCCUGACCCCAGCCUCCAGCCUCCAGCCUCCAGCCUGAGACAUAAGUGCCCAUUUGUGAGGCUCCCAGUCUGAGCAGCCAAAACUCAGACACCUGACAAGGCUCCUCUGCUACUCAACUCCUCCCGCCCCGCAGCAGGCCCAGCGGCUCCCUACUCAUUCACACCCUUGAUCAGAUUUCAGAGGCCCAGUCACGCUGGGCACUCUGGGGCGCAGGGUGCUCCCGCCUGAGUGGAUGUUUCUGUCACCUUCGACAGUCUCCCUAAACUUCCCGUUCUGUGUUCCGGAGGCCAUGUCUGCCUAUGAAGUGCAUGUAAGUUGCCAGCAGUCAAUACUGGGCCCACCCUCACUGCUGUGACAUGGUGCCCACCCAGACUGGGGCUGGGAGACUGUCAUUCUGGGGCUCACCACUCCAGAAGGGGGGUGUUCCCCAAAUUCUGAUUUCCCUUCAGACCCCUCUGCAAACCAACGGGGGCCAGGUAGGUGUCAGCACAGCAGCCAGCCAGCAGGCUUGACCCCGAACCUCACCAUUCAGAGACCCGGGACACCGCCAGAGUUACCACUGCGAGCCGCGUGCCCAGUGGGCCAGAAGACCCUUUCCAGGUGUGCUGGGGUGAAGAGUGUCCCCCUAAAUUCACAUCUUUCCCAGAACCUCAGAAGGUGACUUUUGGAAAUAGUCUUUGCAGAUGCCAUUAACUAAGACGAGGUCGCCGUUGGGUAGGGUGGGACCUAAUCCAAUACAACUGAAUCCUUGUGAGAGACAGACACACGGAGGAAGAUGGCCAGUGGGGAGCAGACACUGUGGUGAUGCAGCCUCAAGCCCAGAGACUGAAGGUCACCACCACCUCCAGACACCUGGAAGGGUUCUCCCCAGAACUGCAGAGGGCGCACGGCCCUGUCACCUCCUGCUCUCGGAAUCCAGGCCUCCAGAAGGACAUGUUGUGGCCCAAUUACAGCAGCCACCCUAACCCACCAGGAGAGCAGUGACGCUGGUGCCUAGGAAGGCGGGUUCAGUCCAGCCUAGGGGCGUGACUCCCCAUGCACACUGACUCACCCCAGCAAGGCCUCCCUCCCUGCCACACAGGAUGGGACAGACAGUGAGCUGGGACAGACAGGCUACAAGUCUCUGCCCACAGCUACCACGGGAAGACUACAGAAACCACUACCACCUUCACCACCCACACCGGCACUGACAGGCUUCCCUACUGGCACUCAGUUGUGGUAGUGGAUCGAGUCCUUCCCCAGGAAGUCGAACAUCACAACGUAUGGGCAGCUGUCAGCCUCCAGGUGCAGCUGGACGUGCUCCACGCGGAGGGAGCAGCAGCCCACCGCGUCCGCCAUCUCGCCCUCCUCCUUCUCAUGCCCGGCUCGCAGCGGCAGCCGGGGGGCAGGGCCGGGCACACACGGCAGGUGCACAGGCAGGCAAGUACCACACACACACAUGCAUAUGGACACAUACACACAUGUAACUGGCGUGCACACACAGGCCCUUUCACCUGCCCAAGGCUCUGGCUGGGGACACAGAAGCCCCGCCGUCCCCUCCGCUGCCCUGCCUGCCCAACCAGGUCUGUGCAACCGACAGAGCCUCUGGGACCCCACACCUUGUCGAUGAAAUAAAGGGCCACGGCACGUCUCGCUUUCAUCUCGUGAGACUUCCAGUCGGCCCAGUAGUGAGAACGGAUCUUGCCCACCACCCCUUUCAGGCGCCGAGCCACCUCGUACUUUUCCCAGUCUCUCUCCCUCCUAAGUGAAGAGAACAAGUAGCAAAGAAAUGCACAGCACUCCUGCCAACAGGGAACUGCCGACCCUCGGCCCAGCCCGCUCUCACCUUCGCGGCCCAGGGCCGGGAGCAGACACCAAACUCAGUGAGGCUUACGGUGGAUGUAAAUGUAAUUCCUUGCUUUUAAAGACAAAUGGCCACUGGACACAAUAUGAUUUCAAAAUUGGCUUGUUCACGCCUACGAUCUGAGAGAACCCCUGCCAAAGCGCCCGGCCUGAGCUGAGGGAGGGGCUCCCGGGGGCAGCACAGGCCGAGCUGGGCUCACCUUCAGCUUGGAGCUGGGUUUCAGCAUGAUGUACUUGGUGGAGUUCUGGACGUUCUCCGUCCACGCCGCCAGCCACGUGACCGUGCGGUUGGUGACCUGCCGGGGGCUUGGGUAUUCUUGAGUCCCUGCAGCAGGAAAGUGACCCAAACCCAGCAGUUCAAGACCCUGCUCCCUGAAACGUGAGCCAGGCGCCCCCACCUCCCAUGCUGUGCUGGCCUAGGCACAGGGGCCCAGCGUUGGCCAGGGUCAGCCCGAGUCUGUUCGAGCACUGCCUCCUCGCCUCUUAGCUCCUGCUUCGCAGGCAUGACAGGCCUGUUCAGGGCGGCCCCCAUGUGUGGAGGCCAGGGUGGCCAUCCCCAGGGCCACAUGCAUCUCAGGAGUCUCAGCAGCUCCUGGGACACCUCCGCUGACCCCGCCAGGCAGCAUCCACGCAGCAGAGGGACAGAAGCUCCUGCUGGAGCACAGCCCGCCAGCACAAGCAGGAACUCUCUUCCCACACGUUCCAGACACUCGCGUGUUACUAGAUUAUCCCAGGAACUUGAAAUGCGGAAAACUGUCGAGAGCAUGCAGACACUCUCCUGCUGGGGUAAAACUCCAGCCGGGGGCAGAGUGGUGAGGGCUGGUUCAGCUAACAGCACACAGGCUGCAGCACAGGCGUCCACCCUGGGGAGAGGCGCCCUCCCGCCCAGCCCUCAGAGCCCUGCGUAACAGCAACACACUCGGCAACAGGCCCCCCGCCCCCGGUGAGGAGCAGGGUUGCACGCGAGUGGCCUGCACACACCCACUGCAGCUGAUGGUCACGCCCUCCAGCAUGACCCUCCUCUUCAGCAUCCCCAUCUCAGGGUGGUUGCCACGGCCCCGGAACAGCCCUGGGGGCUCAGUCUUAAAACUGCCCAUCUUCUCUCGGUGCCUAAAAUACAGUAGCCAAACUCUGGCUGAA